CACACGUUCACGGUUGUUGAACUUGUGUAGCAUGGUAGCUGCAGCUAUAUAUGCAAUCAAAUUUAGUUUAAGGGACGACGAUCAUAGCUAACCAUUUGUUAAAUUAUUUUUCUAUGUUAUACGUUGCUCGAACCGGAGUAUUUAGGUUGACAUGUAACAUAUUAAAAGCUAUGCAACUGGGAAGUCAGAGGAAGACUCCACAUUCUAUUCACUUCGAUUAGCUAGCUAGCUAACCUAAGUUAGGCGUCCAUCGUCAUACGCUGUAAUGGGCAAAAAGCGAGCAAAAGACAGAAGUCCAAGAGAGGAUGACUCUAUGGACCUGUCAGGUGUUACCUGUACCCAUGUCCGUAAAGGAAUAGAUCGUAGCUUGUUAAAAAAGACAGGCUUGGACAAGCACUGGGACACCUGCCAGGUGUGUUUAAAAGAGAGGGGAAGCAACCGUGACGCUGCGUCUGAAAAGAAGACAGUGCAGGAGUCACCAGCUGUAUGGAUGUGUCUCAAAUGUGGGCACAGGGGCUGUGGGAGGUCAUCUGAGGAAAAGCAUGCCAUCAAACACUAUGAGAAGCCACACUCAGAACCGCAUUGCAUAGUGCUCUGCCUCGACAACUGGAGUGUGUGGUGUUACAUCUGCGAUGACAACGUGUACUGCUCCGUCACGGGGCAACUAGCUCAGCUGGUCUCCAGCAUUAGGAAGCAGGUGCUGGCGGAUUCAGACCACAAGGCUUCUGCCAGAGAGCUUGAGGAAGAGAGUGGCGAUGCAGCUGUGGGCAUGGCAGAGAAAGAACAGGAAAACGUGGCCAACCAGAAAGAGCGCAGGAAGGGCUCGAGGCAAAACGGCUCCCUGAAGGAACCCGCUACGGCGUCUACGGCAAACGCCGGUACCGUGGCAGUGCGAGGCCUCAGUAACCUGGGCAACACCUGCUUCUUCAAUGCUGUGCUCCAGAAUCUGUCCCAAACACGACUGCUGCGUCAGCUGCUCAGUGACCUGAGGGAUGAGGAGGGGAGUCUGUUGCUGAAGCCAGUACAGUCCUCCAUGCUGGAGCCUUUGCAGGUGCGGUUGCCAAGACCCGGGGCCCUCACACUGGCCAUGUGUCAUCUGCUUAACGAAAUCCAGGAGACCAAGAAAGCUGUCGUGACUCCUCGAGAGCUCUUCACCCAAGUGUGCAAAAAGGCAGCCAGGUUCAAAGGCUUCCAGCAGCAGGACAGUCAGGAGUUGCUGCGCUACCUGCUGGACGGCAUGAGGGCGGAGGAGAAUUGUCGAAUAACUGCUGGAAUUCUGGAGGCACUGAAAGGUUCUGGUACUUGUUCUGACACAGAGCAGAAGAAAUUAGUGAAAGAGUAUGAAAGAAACGGUGUAACCAAGAGCUUUGUGGACCAUGUCUUUGGGGGAGAGAUGACCAGCACUGUAAUGUGUAAAGAGUGUAAGACUGUUUCCCUGGUAACUGAAGUGUUUCUGGACCUGUCCCUACCUGUGGCUGAUGAGGCUUACAGGAAGAAGAACCAGAAGAAGGGAGUUCAGCAGAGGAAUAGUGUCUGUGAGGAUGGUGGGCAGGACACUCCCCUGGUCAAUGGGACUGAGGAUAUGCCAACUGGGGCAGGCAGCAAGUACCAGCAAAAGAAGGCCAAGAAGCAGGCAAAGAAACAAGCCAAGAACCAGAAGCGACAGCAGAAACAAGGAGCAAAGAUGACACUGGACUGUCUGACCAAUCAGAAGACAGGCAGCCCUCUGGAAGUUCCGCCUGUGGGUGCGGACGGACAGGUGUUCGCUGACACUGAAGGCGGGGAGGACCAGUUAAUGACCCAAUCCGUGAUCACCGAUCCUGCAGAGCAGGAACACGACAGGCCUGGUGAGGAAGAGGAGGAGGAAGAGAACAUCCACGACAACCUGUCUGUACAAAGCACUGCCUCUACGAAUGGUAAGUGCUUCAGCGCCCUGUCAGAGGAGAGAAUGUGCCUGGACAUGCCACUGGAGCAGAAGAGAGGAGAGGAAGAGGAGGAGGAGGAGGAAGAAAAAGAAACGUGCACGGGACUAUGCGAGGAGACAGAGGAGUUAACGGAGGCCGUGGAGGCCCUGACGCUCCGGGCAACUUCCGAGAUGGAGAGGCAGGGCAGGGAGGCGCUGGGCGACUCCCUAGAGUACAUAGUGGUGAACCGGGACCCGGAGCUGGCCUUCCACGCACUGGCCAGCAGGCCAGUGCCAGACAAGCAGGAAUGCUCAGUGGAGUCAUGCCUCUACCAGUUCACAGAGGUGGAGCACCUGACGGAGAGUAACAGCCUGCUAUGUUCAACCUGCACGAAAAGGCAGACCAGCCACAAAGCCUCAGACGGAUCCAAAAAGAACAUUUACAGAGAUGCACUGAAGCAGAUGUUAAUAUCUUCCCCUCCACCUGUGCUUACACUGCACCUGAAGAGGUUCCAGCAGGUGGGGUACAGUGUCUGUAAGGUCAACAGGCAUGUUCAGUUCCCUCAGGUGCUGGAUCUUGCCCCAUUCUGCUCCCUAAUUUGCAAGGGGGUUGAGGAAGGAGAAACACAAGUGCUCUAUUCUCUCUAUGGCAUCGUGGAACACAGUGGCACCAUGAGGUCCGGCCAUUACACCGCAUUUGUUAAAACGCGGCCACAAACGCAGACUACACUGCAUAACGGAACUGCGGCAGGUGAAACAACACCAACUAAAGGAUGCUGGUUCCACAUCAGUGACAGCAGUGUACAGCCUGUUACAGAAGCCAAGGUGGAGAAUUCCCAAGCCUACCUCCUGUUCUACGAAAGAAUCUCUUAGAUCACUUCAGUCAGGUCCAUGAUCUCUUUGAUCACUGCAGUCUGCCACGUCUAGUCUCACAGGGUGAUGUGCAGAGUCAGACAUGACUGCUGCUGAUUCUUUUACAUGAUGCUUCGCUGCCAGAGAGCUGAUUUGUAUUUGAUGCUAUAAUUGUAGGAAAGGAAAAACGGUUUAUUUUUCUGUGGAUGGUGCUCUGUAGUGAUGAAACAUGUAAUUAAUAAGAUUCCUGGUUUGAGAUUUUGUAAUGGUAUGGAAUAUGAAAAUAGAAUUAUGAUGAACUGUGUUCAAAUCUAAAAAGAUGGUUACUGUUUUGUUACUAGUAGUAUUGCCAAACCCUAUUAAGAACUUGGGAGUGCCCCAGUGUUCAGCAAAAAUGAUCUUAAGAAAACCUCAAACUCAGAACAUUCAUUGGUUUGUUUACUUUUUAUUAAGUUGGUACAAUUUUGUCAUAAAUUGUUUAAUACAGUAAUUAUUGAUUUAACCCCA